AUGUGCAACCACCAAAGCCCAAACAUGCCGCUGGCGGCCUCUUUGGGGCUUCUCAACACGAACCCUACCUCCUCGGAAGAAACGGAGCGCAACUCCAGCAAUUCCUCGUCACAGAUGCUCUCUGCAGCUCUGUCCAAUAUUCAGCUAGGGACCUACCUGGACCGUUCUCCCGCGACAGCCCGGUUGGUUAUGCAGUCACCAUGCUUCUUCCACCAGCGUUUCGAUGACGCCGUAAAUAUUCAGAAGGUAUUGGAAGAGAUUGCGGACGACGAGUGGCUAUCGCAUUCCCGCCUGGUACAGACAGCGACUGGUGUCCGAGAGGUGUCGAAGCAAUUGCAGCGUAGGCCAAUCAAACGCGCUGUCAAGAAUGUUAUGAUCGUCACCAAAGCACGCGAUAAUAGCCUGGUGCAUCUGACCCGCGAAUUGGCGGAAUGGCUCCUCUCCACCCCUCGCUACGGCAACGAUUUGGGUGUGAACGUCUACGUAGACGCUAAACUUCGGAACUCACGAAGAUUCGAUGCACCGGGGCUCCUGGAGAAGGAACCCCGGUUCAAGGAGAUGCUGCACUACUGGACCCCCGAUCUCUGCUGGACAGCUCCCGAGAAAUUCGAUUUGGUCCUCACAUUAGGAGGGGAUGGGACCGUGCUUUUCACAUCCUGGCUCUUCCAGCGCAUCGUCCCCCCGGUCCUCUGCUUUUCUCUGGGAAGCCUAGGGUUCCUGACGAAUUUCGAGUUUGAGAAUUACAAGUCUCACCUGAAUGCGGUCAUGGGUGAUGUAGGUAUGCGAGUGAAUUUGCGGAUGCGCUUUACUUGUACAGUUUUCCGUAAAGACCGCAGCAAGGGCGCCGAGGCGGGCGCCGUGGAGGAAGGGGAGCAGUUUGAGGUGUUGAACGAGCUCGUGAUUGAUCGAGGGCCGUCACCAUACGUGUCAAACCUUGAACUGUACGCAGAUAAUGAUCUGCUCACCGUGGUGCAAGCGGACGGGUGCAUUUUCUCUACUCCUACCGGUUCCACGGCAUACUCUCUUUCCGCUGGCGGUUCCUUGAUUCACCCCUCUAUUCCCGGCAUUCUUCUUACCCCCAUUUGUCCCCAUACACUUUCUUUCCGUCCCAUGGUUCUCUCCGAUACCCUGCUACUUCGUAUUGCCGUUCCCGCCGGGUCGCGGUCGACCGCGUACUGCUCGUUCGAUGGCAAGGGUCGUGUGGAACUUCGCCAAGGCGACUAUGUUACCGUCGAAGCAAGUCAAUACCCCUUCCCGACCGUCGUGGCGGGUAGUGGAGAGUGGUUCCAGAGCGUUCAGCGAGCGCUGCGGUGGAAUACACGCGGUGCCGUGCAGAAGAGCUGGCACAGCUCUUCAGAUGCGGGCCUCGAAGCCACCGAGGAUGAUGAAGACACCGAGUGGGACAUCGAUACCGAUGCCGGGCUAACUGGCACGGACAGUGGCUUGGGGGUCAGUGAGGAUGGCGAUGCAGGGUCUAUCAGCCCUCUGAAGCGGCAAAUGAGCAUGUUCAGCACCUAG